GGGGGGGUUUGGCAUUUUUCCGCCCGGCGGAAGGACACGGAUCCAGAGGCGGCGUGUCGUUGCGCUCAGGCAGCAGAAUGAGCGACUCGGAAUCGCGGCGCCACCGAGCGUGAGUGCGGAGUAGAAUGGAGCCGAGCUCGGCUUGAUCCGCACCGGAACCGGCCCGAAUCACACGACGCGAAGGUCCGAAGAUACCGAAACAGAGGAGGAAGAGGGAGCACGACGAGGGAGCGAUAUGAUAUCGCCGCGCUGAAAGACAAGCGGCGGCGGCGGCUUGCGAGGAAAAAGGGAGAGAAAGAUGGGCGCCGUUCUGCGGAGUCUAAUCUUCUGUAGUUUCUGUUCGCUUAUACGAGGCGACCCCCUCCUGCUGUAUGCAAAUCGGCGGGACCUGCGGCUGGUUGAUGCAGCCCAGGGACGGGCCAAUGCCACAGUGGUAGUGAAUGGGCUGGAGGACGCGGCGGCCGUGGACUUCAUCUUUGCCGGUGGCCUCAUCUACUGGAGUGACGUGAGUGAAGAGGCCAUCAAGCGAACGACUUUCAACCGGUCAGGCUCCUCCCACCAGACUGUGGUGCUGUCGGGCCUCCAGUCCCCCGAUGGCCUGGCCUGCGACUGGGUGGGUAACAAGCUCUACUGGACUGACUCGGAGACGAACCGCGUCGAGGUGGCUGGUCUCGAUGGAUCUUUACGGAAAGUGCUGUUCUGGCAGGACUUAGAUCAGCCGAGGGCCAUUGCCCUGGACCCAGCUCGGGGAUACAUGUACUGGACGGACUGGGGGGAAAUCCCAAAGAUUGAACGAGCUGGGAUGGAUGGUACGAGUCGAUCGAUCAUCAUCGACAGCGACAUCUACUGGCCGAACGGCUUGACGCUGGACUACAGCGAGCAGAAGCUUUACUGGGCCGAUGCGAAGUAUAACUUCAUCCACCGGUCGAGCCUGGAUGGCAGCUCACGGGAGGUGGUGGUCAAAGGCUCUUUGCCGCACCCCUUUGCCCUCACGCUCUACGAAGACACGCUCUUCUGGACUGACUGGAACACUCACUCCAUCCACUCUUGCAACAAGCGGACGGGCGAGGACAGGCGCGAGGUCCACUCCAACAUCUUCUCCCCGAUGGACCUCCACGCCUACAGCCAGAAGAGGCAGCCCCAUGCCCCGGAGAGCCCCUGCACAGUGGGGAACGGCGGCUGCUCCCACCUGUGCCUGCUGUCUCCCGUCAAGCCGUUCUUCCAGUGUGCCUGCCCCACGGGCGUGCGGCUUCUGGAAGACCAGCGCACCUGCCGGCCGGGCCCCACCCAGUUGUUGCUCCUCGCCCGGCGCACAGACCUGCGGCGCAUCUCAUUGGACACGCCCGACUUCACCGACAUCGUGCUGAACGCUGAGGACAUCAGACACGCCAUCGCCAUCGACUACGACCCUGUGGAGGGGCUGGUGUACUGGACUGACGACGAGGUGCGCGCCAUCCGGCGCUCCCGGCUGGACGGCAGCGGCAGCCAGUUCGUGGUCACCUCACAGAUCAGCCACCCGGACGGCAUCGCAGUGGACUGGGUCGCCCGCAACCUCUACUGGACCGACACGGGGACGGACCGCAUCGAAGUGACCCGGCUCAACGGCACCAUGCGCAAGAUCCUCAUCUCCGAGGAUUUGGACGAACCACGGGCCAUCGUACUGGACCCAGUCGUGGGGUACAUGUACUGGACGGAUUGGGGGGAAAUCCCGAAGAUUGAGCGGGCCGCCCUGGACGGGUCCGACCGCGUGAUCAUGGUCAACACCUCCCUGGGCUGGCCCAACGGGCUGGCGCUGGACUACGAGGAGCGCAAGAUUUACUGGGGCGAUGCCAAAACGGACAGGAUCGAGGUGAUGAACAUGGACGGCACGGCCCGACGGAUCCUGGUGGAGGACAAGCUGCCCCACAUCUUCGGCUUCACGCUGCUGGGCGACUUCAUCUACUGGACUGACUGGCAGCGGCGCAGCAUUGAGCGCGUGCACAAGCGCUCGGCAGAGCGUGAGGUCAUCAUCGACCAGCUGCCCGACCUCAUGGGCCUUAAGGCCACCUAUGUGCACCGCACCUUCGGCACCAACCCCUGCGCAGAGAAUAACGGGGGCUGCAGCCACCUGUGUCUGAACCGGCCUCAGGGGGUCCAGUGCGCCUGCCCCAUCGGCCUGGAGCUCAUCGGCGACAUGAGCACCUGCAUCGUCCCCGAGGCCUUCCUGCUCUUCUCCCGCCACACCGACAUCCGCCGCAUCUCCCUGGAGACCAACAACAACAACGUGGCGAUCCCGCUCACCGGCGUCAAGGAGGCCUCUGCCCUGGACUUCGACGUGACGGACAACCGCAUCUACUGGACAGACAUCACGCUGAAGACCAUCAGCAGGGCCUUCAUGAAUGGCAGUGCCCUGGAGCCAGUGGUUGAGUUUGGUCUAGACUACCCCGAGGGCAUGGCUGUCGACUGGCUGGGCAAGAACCUGUACUGGGCCGACACCGGCACCAACCGCAUCGAGGUGGCCAAGCUGGACGGGCAGCACCGGCAGGUCCUGGUGUGGAAGGACUUGGACAGCCCGCGGGCCUUGGCUCUGGACCCCGCUGAGGGCUUCAUGUACUGGACGGAAUGGGGCGGAAAGCCCAAAAUCGACCGUGCCGCUAUGGACGGGACGGGCCGUGUCACCCUGGUGCCCAACGUGGGCCGCGCCAACGGUCUGACGAUUGACUACGCUGCACGGCGCCUCUACUGGACGGACCUGGACACUACGCUCAUCGAGUCCUCUAACAUGCUAGGUCUGGAGCGUGAGGUCAUAGCGGACGACCUCCCCCACCCAUUUGGCUUGACACAGUACCAGGACUACAUCUACUGGACGGACUGGAGCCAGCGCAGCAUCGAGCGCGCCAACAAGACCAGCGGGCAGAACCGCACGGUCAUCCAGGGCCACCUGGACUACGUGAUGGACAUCUUGGUGUUCCACUCGUCGCGGCAGGGGGGCUGGAACGCCUGCGCCUCCACCAAUGGCCACUGUUCCCACCUGUGCUUGGCCGUGCCCAAUAACAGCUUUGUCUGUGGAUGCCCCGCCCACUUCUCCCUCAACGCCGACAACAAGACCUGCAGUGCCCCCACCUCCUUCCUGCUCUUCAGCCAGAAGACGGCCAUCAGUCGCAUGGUGAUGGACGAGCAGCAGAGCCCCGACAUCAUCCUGCCCCUGCACAGCCUGCGCAACGUCCGCGCCGUCGACUACGACCCGCUGCACAAGCACAUCUACUGGAUUGACGGCAAGCAGAAUGUCAUCCGCCGUGCUCAGGAGGACGGCAACCAGAGCAUGACCGUGGUGUCCAGCUCCUCUGGGAGUCCCAACCUACUCCUGCAGCCCUUUGACCUCAGCAUCGACAUCUACAGCCGCUACAUCUACUGGACCAGCGAGGUCACCAAUGUCAUCAACGUCACCGGCACUGAUGGCCGGCGGGUGGGCGUGGUCCUGCGCGGGGACCAUGACAAGCCCCGGGCCGUCGUGGUUAACCCAGAGAGGGGGUACAUGUACUUCACCAACUUGCAGGAGCGCUCCCCACGCAUUGAGCGUGCGGCGCUGGAUGGCACGGAGAGGGAGGUGCUCUUCUUCACUGGGUUGGGCAAGCCCGUAGCGCUGGCCGUGGAUAACGAGGCGGGCCGGCUCUUCUGGGUGGACUCGGACCUGCGGCGCAUCGAGGGCAGCGACCUGUCUGGUGCCAACCGGGUCGUGAUCGAGGACUCGAACAUCCUGCAGCCAGUGGGCCUGACCGUCUUCGGCAGCCACCUCUACUGGAUCGACCGGCAGCAGCAGAUGAUUGAGCGCGUCGACAAAACCACCCGCGAGGGCCGCACCAAGAUCCAGGCCCGCAUCUCGGCCCUGAGCGACAUCCACGCCGUGCACGAGCUCGACAUGAGGGAGUACAGUAAACACCCCUGCACCUUGGACAAUGGUGGCUGCUCCCACAUCUGUAUCAUCAAGGGCGACGGCACCACGCGCUGUUCCUGCCCCAUCCACCUAGUCCUGCUACAAGACGAGCUCUCCUGUGGGGAGCCCCCCACCUGCUCCCCGGAGCAGUUCUCCUGCGCCUCUGGCGAGGUGGGCUGCAUCCCGCAGGCGUGGCGCUGCGACGGCUUCUCGGAAUGCGAGGAUGAGAGCGACGAGCGCGGCUGCCCCGUGUGCUCAGCCGCCGAGUUCCAGUGCACCAGCCACCAGUGUGUGGCGCUGUCCCUGCGCUGCGACGGUGAGGCCAACUGCCAGGACGGCUCCGACGAGAUGGACUGCGCCGGUAGGCAGAUUCUCUCACUCCGCUGCCCUGUAGCCCAAAGGGACUUGCGCUCACUUCACUUCUUCCCCUAACAUACGGGCUCCUCUUGACCCCCAGAUCCCACGGAAGAGCCGCCCCCCCAGCCCAUCAACAUCAUCGGCUCCAUCGUCGGCGUCAUCCUCGUGCUCUUCGUGGUGGGGGCCGUCUACUUCGUGUGCCAGCGCGUUCUCUGCCCGCACAUGAAGGACGACGGGGCCACCAUGGCCAACGACUUCGUGGUGCACGGGCCCUCCUCGGUCCCUCUGGGUUACGUCCCACACCCAAACUCCCUCUCGGGGUCCCUGCCAGGCAUGUCCCGUGGAAAGUCUGCCAUGAGCUCGCUAAGCAUCAUGGGAGGUGGCAGCAGUGGGCCGCCGUACGACAGGGCCCACGUCACAGGGGCCUCAUCCAGCAGCUCCUCCAGCACUAAAGGCACUUAUUUCCCACCGAUCCUGAACCCCCCACCCUCACCCGCCACAGAACGCUCCCAUUACACCAUGGAGUUUGGCUACUCCUCAAACAGCCCCUCUACCCACCGCUCGUACAGCUAUAGGCCCUACAGCUACCGACAUUUUGCCCCGCCCACCACGCCCUGCAGCACGGACGUGUGUGACAGCGACUACACCCCAGGGCGCCGCGUCGUCCCCGUGGCCAAGGGCUACACCAGCGACCUCAACUACGACUCGGAGCCCUUCCCGCCACCGCCCACUCCCCGCAGCCAGUACCUGUCCGCUGAGGAGAACUGCGAAAGCUGUCCCCCCUCCCCUUACACGGAGCGCAGCUACUCCCACCACCUGUACCCCCCACCUCCUUCCCCCUGCACGGACUCCUCUUGAGCUCCACCCAGUGCCCCGCCCACUUCCCUUGGGCCCGCCCUCUGUGUAAAUAGCAAUUGUGUAUACUGAGUUGAAAGGACUUAUGAUCAAGGGGGGGAGGGCAUGGGAAUUUUGUACAGUGUCCUGGGUAUAAGGGGCUUGGGGUACAGUGGAGCUGGAAAACUUUGUACAGUAAAGAGAAAUAUUUAUAUAUUUUCUAUACACCAACUACUGGUUGUGCCAUUGAAGUUUGUAUUGAAAAGAGAAAUCUGUACAUUUUAAAGUUUUUAUUAAAUCACCAUAAAUUAAAUGAAUUGCCUUAAACCGGGAGAUAAAACGCCACCUUCCCAUUAAACUAGAGGAAAUAAAGCAUUCGGAAAGGGAUAUGGUGAUACUCAACUGAUGCCAAAUAUUUUUUUGGGUUGGGGUGGGGUGUGUGGGGGUCCGAUCGGGUGUUUUUGUAGCCCGACCGCGUAGCCAGCCAGCCAGCCAGCCAGCAGCCCCAUCGUGGGCGAGCGCCGAAAUCGUCCGUUGCUGCUGCUUUUUGCACGACGAUACAGACGCAGGAAGGAAAAAAAAGACAAGGACUUAAGCAUUAUACCUCUCUUUGCUUUGGAAUUAUUUUUAAGUGAUAUGUUCUGCAAGGCUUGAUUCCUCCGACUGGAAUACUAAGAGGAGAUUCCGCGAGCUGCUCCGGUGAGCUUUGCGGGAGAAGGUGAGCCGCAGAAGCAAUAAGGUCCGCUGGCUCCCCACCGCGCCGCCGCUCGGGCGCGCUCCCGGACCCGCUCCCUCGAGGCCUCUUUACACCGAUGUCUUACAACUGAAACCCUCGUUGUCUGGGAGAACUUUGCCCGUAUUUGCGAUUUGGUGUCGAGUGUCGGGACACCUGGGCUCGUGGAACAAGGUGGUACGUAUGACGGCGGCUGCUCCCUCCCGCAGCCGCUCCAAGAGGGAACGCCUCCCGCAGGACAUCACCGACCCCGCGGCCGAUCCGGAGAUCAAAGAUGAACUCCACACAUUACGAAGCAAUUUUAUUUUUGUGUGUUUCUUCGCCUCCACCGUUUGUAUAUGCCAUAGAGCUGCUGUGAACUGGUCUGUUUGAAAUAGCCGGUCUCUUACAGCCCCUGCGUUUUUCCUCCACUCUCCCAGCGCAGAAUUUUUUUUUUGUUGCCCGAACAAGGACAAGUUUUCGUGCCUGACGAGUUUUACGGAAAACAUUUGUCUUAACUUUAAAUCCAGUGCCCACAAAAUGUUUUCGAUAUUUUUGUACAACGUGUAGAUAUAUUUAUAAGCUAUAAGAAAUGUAUGGUUAGUUUUCUGUAAAUCUAUCCCAUUUUAUCCUUGCGGUACUUCUCCUUGUACAUUCUUACAGUCUACGAAACCUCGUUUUAUUUUUCUAUUGCAAAUGUAUGGAGACAAUCUGAGACUGACAUAUUUAUCCAGGUACCUGUUUUUACCUUGCGAAAUAACUCACCUCCUUGAGCAAUAUUUUUGUACAUCAUUCAUUUGAUCAUUUACUUUCAGUUUGACUCGAGAGCCAAAUAAUUUUUACAAAGACGUGUUUAUGACCGAUCACCCUCUGCCCCCCAAAAAUGUGUCUCGUAUCUAAAUCUGUAAGCUUGGUUGGGGUUGCCAAAAAAUGGGAAUGUAGCCUUUGACAUGCAUUCAUUCCAUUUAAUUCCUGCAUUUCAGCGUUCACAGGUCUCUUUCAGGGAAUAGUCUUUGUCCAAUUUGAGUACUAGAGAUGGGCAGUCCACAUGCUUUCGCUUCAUGUAGCGCUGUCUUUGUUUACAGCAACCGAACUUUCCUGUUAGCUUUCCAUAGUCACAUUUUCCAAAAACUUUACUUUUUUUCUCCUGUGUGAUUUAUUUCAAACUGACAAUUGAAUGCAUGCACCAUGGAUUUGGCGACCUGCUUAUUGGCGACUAUCUGUGCGUAAUACUGACGAACAGGAGUGCUGGAUUCUGUGGCUUAUGUUCUUAAUUUUUCUGGUCGGUAGUUUUUUGUCCUGAAAAGUACGUUUCAAAAUACUGCUUGUUAUAUGGAGGCAUUUGGACACAAGUUCUGUCUGCUAUAUAGUCGCAAAGGGCUUUACUGGGAAACGGUGCAUCGCAGUCAUCUCAUUUUCUUGCAGGCAAGUGACAGUUCAGUGAAUCAUUCAAAUGUUUAUUCCAUAGCUUUUUGCCUAAGGAUCUGUCUUUACCAGCAUAACGUUCUAGACAAUCUGAGCUACCCUUGGUAAACUUUGUUUUUUUUGCAGAUGUGCCUCGCCAUAACAUUUCACCUAGAUUUUAUCUGAUUUUGACAGAGUUUAAUCGGUACAUUGAACCACCUUUUCCAAAUUUAGAAAUGUCACAUCUUAAGCAUGUUACUGAAAUUGUAUUUUAUUAAAUCCUCCCCACCCAAAAUUUUUACAUGCGUAAGUAAAUGAGUGCUUUCCCCAUUUUGAUUUAAUAAGUCCUUCUGGUUGUUUGAAUUAGACCCCUGUAUAAGUUAGUCCUUUGAACUAUUUUUGGGGCAUAUCAUAAAUGUAUUGGCUCCAUGUGAUUAUGAGAGAGACCACGUCUCACAGGGUCGGUCCUGCUCAGCAGAUCUCCAGAUGAUCGACAUUAUUCCGGACAUUCCUUUGUCUGCUACAAGGGCUUCAGCGUAACCCCACAUGCCACAGCGCUAAACCAGCGUUACUAUCUCAUGCUUGUUGCACUUUACGGUACAUCUGCUUCUUGUUGGUAUGGCGUGUUAUACGGUUUUGUUUGCUAGUAUUUUUCAAGAUUUUUUUCCCCCAAAUGAGCUCCUUGCGUUUAUGCUACGGUGUUCAUAUUACUGUGUAUUAUGUAGGUGUUUUUAAUCUAUGUAUUUCAUAAAAAAAGAUGAAUGUUGGCUAUUUUGACACUGGCAUUUUGCUUACAGCCGCUUCGAUUUCAAAAUUUAAGAUGAGAUGAGCCUCGGUUCUAUGAAUUUAACUACAGUGUAGCGCCGUCGACUUGUGGGAGUGUGAGCAUGUGGUAACCAAAAGGAAAAUAGUUUAUGAAUGCUAACAUGCAACAGGAAUUAUACACAAACCCGAAUUAGGUCGUGUUUAUUUGCAUCUCACUUAUCUGCUGGUACCUAAAAUUUGGUGGUCAAUUAUUGUUGGGUACACCUAGUACCCAGACAAAUGGUAUCAGUCUAUAAUAUUUUUUUUUCUUGUCCUUCUGAAGGAAGCUUACUGAAAAUACAAUUGUACUUCUGUGCCUCAAACUCUGUAAGCAAGGGGAUUUGGUAAAAGCACUUUUGGUUCCAUGCUGCUGGAGAUGUCAAAUUUCGAAUAAUAGCAUAAAUGUUGGGAGAAGGUCUUUGGUCAGCUUAAAUUGGUCUCAUCUCAUUGAAUUGAAUGGUGCUUUUGCAAGGGUGUGUUCAAGAUGACCAACAUUUGGUUAGUUAUAUCAUUUUCCACUAACUCUACCUUUUUUUGUAAAUUAAUUGCUUUACAUGUAAAUCAAUGUAUAAAAAAAUCUGUACAGCCCAUUCAAUAACUAUUAUAAGCUGUUGUAACUAAUAAAAUGUUGAUUUUUAUAAUAAA